AAAAUGAGAUAGAAUCUUUGCCAUAUGUAUCCAAAACCCCAGGUAUAGAAAGCAUCGUCUCCCAACUUCCAGCGAACUUUGCAGUUCGUUGCAUAUAAAUAUACGGCAGCUAAGCUCGGAGAAGGAUACGCACUCGCAAACGACGCACGAUCUACCACAAGGCAUUUCAAGCACAAGCAAUUGUAGGCGAAGAAGUUUUGAUCUAAUGGGGUCGGAGGCCGGCGAGACGUUGGCGGCGCCGCACGCCGUGCUGGUCCCUUACCCGGCGCAGGGCCACGUGACGCCGAUGAUGAAGAUGGCCAAGCUCCUCCACGCGCGUGGCUUCCACGUCACCUUCGUCAACACCGAGUUCAACCACCGCCGCCUGCUCCGGUCCCGCGGGCCGGCGGCGCUCGACGGCGUCGUCCCGGGGUUCCGCUUCGCCGCCAUCGCCGACGGGCUCCCCUUCUCCGACGCCGACGCCACCCAGGACGUCCCCCAGCUCUGCCAGUCCACCAUGACCACCUGCCUCCCCCGCCUCCUCUCGCUCCUCGCCACCCUCAACGACACGCCCUCCUCCGGGGUGCCGCCGGUCACCUGCCUCGUCGUCGACGGCGUGAUGUCCUUCGCCUACGACGCCGCCAGGGAGAUCGGGGUCCCGUGCGCCGCACUCUGGACGGCCAGCGCCUGCGGCUUCCUCGGGUACCGCCAUUACCGGCAGCUCAUCGAGCAAGGGCUCGUGCCGUUCAAAGAUGAAUCCCAGCUGACAGACAACGCUUUCCUGGACGCCGUCGUCCCGGGGAUCCGGGGAAUGUGCGACGGCAUGAGGCUAAGGGACUUCCCGUCCUUCCUCCGCACCACGGACCGGGAAGACAUAAUGCUCAACUUCUUCGUGCACGAAGGGGAACGCCUCUCGCUCCCCGACGCCGUCAUGGUCAACACCUUCGACGAGCUCGAGCGGAAGGUGCUCGACGAAAUGCGCGAGUUCGUCCUCCCGGCGCCGCUCUACACCGUCGGCCCGCUCCUCCUCCACGCCCACCAUGCCGUCCCUGAAGGAAGCACCCCGCUCGACGCCCUCGGCACGAACCUCUGGAAGGAGCAGGACGGGCUCCUGGACUGGCUCGACGGCCAUGCCCCCAGCACCGUCGUGUACGCCAACUACGGCAGCAUCACGGUCAUGACCAACGAGCAGCUGCUGGAGUUCGCGUGGGGGCUGGCCGGCAGCGGCUACCCGUUCAUCUGGAACAUCCGGCCGGACCUCGUCAAGGGCGACGCGGCGGUGCUGCCGCCGGAGUUCCUGGAAGCCGUCAGAGGCCGGGCCAUGCUGACGACGUGGUGCGCGCAGGAGAAGGUGCUGGCGCACGGCGCCGUGGGGGCCUUCCUGACGCACUCGGGCUGGAACUCCACGCUGGACGGCAUCUGCGGCGGCGUGCCCAUGCUCAGCUGGCCCUUCUUCGCCGAGCAGCAGACCAACUGCAGGUACAAGUGCACCGAGUGGGGCAACGGGAUGGAGAUCGGCGGCGAGGUGAGGAGGGAGGCGCUGGCGGGGAUGAUACGGCAGCUCAUGGAGGGCGACGAGGGGCGGGGGAUUAGGCGGCGCGCGGCGGAAUGGAAGGAGAGUGCCCUCCGGGCCACGCUUCCAGGUGGGUCCGCCAUGGCCAACCUGGACACCGUGGUCCGUGACGUGCUCCUUGCCAAGUUCAGUGGCCGAGAUGGUGGGAAUUAUUAUGCAAAGAAUUGAUUAAGUAAAACGAUUUUA